CGAUUGGCCGCGCCGCGCCGGCGAGCGCGAGGUGGAGCGGGCAGAGGCCGUCGAGAAGGCCGCGGCUUCUUCUGUCGUCGCGGAGCGAAAGAGGCGCCUCGAAGGGAAGGAGCCGGAAGAGGAGAAGGAGCCGCCGCCAUGGCCUGGUGGGCGCCGAAGGUCUUUCGUCUACUAGAGGCUUUCAAAGGCCAAAAACAGGUGACCAGAAGUUUUGGUAGUUCUGUUCAGACAGUAACUUUGAUCCCAGGAGAUGGCAUUGGACCAGAAAUAUCUGCUGCUGUUGUGGAGAUUUUCGCAGCUGCUAAAGCACCUGUUCAGUUUGAAGAGAGAAAUGUGACAGCAAUACAAGGGCCAGGAGGCAAAUGGACAAUACCUCAAGAUGCCAAAGAAUCCAUGGACAAGAACAAAAUAGGACUGAAAGGCCCUUUGAAAACACCCAUAGCUGCUGGCCACCCGUCAAUGAACCUGCUGCUUCGUAAAACAUUUGACCUUUAUGCAAACGUCCGCCCUUGUGUAUCAAUUGAAGGCUACAAAACCCCUUACACAGAUGUCGACAUAGUCACAAUACGAGAGAACACAGAAGGGGAAUACAGCGGAAUCGAGCACGUGAUUGUUGAUGGUGUUGUACAGAGUAUCAAGCUCAUCACAGAAGAUGCCAGCAAACGCAUUGCUGAUUUUGCCUUUGAGUAUGCCAGAAAUAAUCAAAGAAGCAAAGUUACAGCUGUGCACAAAGCAAACAUUAUGCGAAUGUCUGACGGGUUGUUCCUGAAAAAAUGCAGGGAAGCAGCAGAAAACUGUAAAGACAUUAAGUUUAAUGAAAUGUAUCUCGACACUGUGUGUCUGAAUAUGGUGCAGGAUCCAUCUCAGUUUGAUGUCCUUGUAAUGCCAAACUUGUAUGGUGACAUCCUUAGUGAUUUGUGUGCAGGAUUGAUUGGAGGUCUUGGAGUAACACCAAGUGGAAACAUUGGUGCCAAUGGAGUCGCAAUCUUUGAAUCAGUUCAUGGAACAGCUCCAGAUAUUGCUGGAAAGGACUUGGCAAACCCAACAGCACUUCUGUUGAGUGCAGUGAUGAUGCUGCGACACAUGGGAAUGCAAGAAUAUGCCACGAAAAUAGAAGAUGCCUGUUUUGAUACCAUCAAAGAUGGAAAGGUCUUGACCAAAGAUUUGGGAGGCAACUCAAAGUGUUCAGAGUUCACAGCAGAGAUCUGUCGCAGAGUAAGGGCGAUGGAAUAAAGCAUCUCCAUAGCUUGUUGGUUUCAGUUGCCCCUGAUGGAAACUGUUACUAAAACGUGUUAGCUGCCUGCAAUUCAUUUCCAUUUUGUUUGCCUUUCUCUUGAGGAAAGCAAACUGUUAGACGGAGAGCCUCUCUGUUAAAUAAAUUCAGCCCAAAUGGAUGCGAUUCUUCUUGUGCCUGCUUCUGGUGGACUUUUUCCAAGUGCUUGUUUUUAUUUAUUACAUGUCAGACACAUUUUUGUAAAGUCAAAUUCCUUUUUUUUUUAGCUCUUAUUGCACGCAAUUGGCAACCUUCCAUUUUGAGUCCUCCUACUUUUUCAGAAACACUUGAUGUAUUUAAGUGUGCAGAUAUGCAAAAGUCUGAUUUUAUCACUACAACUUUGAAGGAGGCUUGGUUUGUUAUCCAUUAGGAAUGCAGGAGGUGGCACAGCCUUAAAAUAGCACAAUAUAUUUUUCUAAAGCAAAGAACAAGAAAGCUUGCUAUACAGAGGUACUCCUGGAAUCUGUCCUUCAGAAGCAUAAAUAAAGACUUGUAACUGUGGAAACAUGGGUUUGAGCUGUUAUAUAUAAAAUGCAAGGUAUCUCUGUCCUUCUGGGACUGAAGGGAAAGUGUUAAAAGUAAAAAUGACUACUCCUUUUUAGUCUUCUUUGCACAUUUACUUGCUCUAGCAUUCCUCAAUGAAGAUUAGUUACGCAACUUGAUUUUGUCGGCUACAGAUUGUGAAGGGAAUGUUUAAUGCUCUCCUGUCUAGAUGGGAUACCAAAUGUAUAAUUUACAGUUACUACUGUAUGUAUGUAAUGGCUUUUGUAUUGUGCUCAAUGAUAUAUACAUACAUAUAUAUAUAUCUUCAGUUUACCGUUAAAUAGGCUGCUUGGUCAUUAAUUUUUUUUGAGCCAAUCAGAUGGAGAGAUUUUAUAGUUAAUCCAGGCCAGGAGAUAAUGGUGCGUGGCUCAUAGCUCCUGCUGGAAACAGCAGCUUUGCACCUCCUGGUGACAUUUGGUAACACUAAAGUGCAUGAUGCUGUACCCCUGAGCUGUGCCUUGCCAAAGCAACAACAGAUGAAGUGGGAAAAUGGAUGGGCAAUCUUACAGCAUCAUUGUGCAUAGAUUGUGUUGAGCAGAUGUUAUCCAGGGGCAAAGGAAGAGAACUUUUCAGGGAUGCUGUAUUUUGCAACAACUCUUGCUGCAAGUUCAUAACAUGCCCCUUGCACGUUUUGUUAUGGGCAUGAAUGUUACAAACCUUUUGAUCACCUAGAAAUCCCCUGCCAGAUUCUCUCCAUUGUGUCUCUAUCCAAGAGGAAUAGGAGAACUGUGGCUGGGCCUGCAGCUGGCUGGUGCCACCAGUCUGGCUUUUUCUCCCACACAUUAAAGCCGUCGUGCAGGAUUGCUUUGCCUUGCCAGUUUCCAUGUAGUAUCUGCACAACCAGAAGUAGGGAUGAGAGUGAGGCCUUGGGAACUUGUCUUUUUUGUGUUUUGCUUCUGCACUGAGAGGUACCUUUCAAUAUUGUGUAUUAAUAUGGGCUUCUCAAAGAACUUGGGAAACAGAGCUCUUGCUUGAUCUGUGUGUGUUAUAUUUUUGCUGCUUCUGUCUGUCUCUUGGAUUGUACUGAGGUUACCAUUCGCACACAAAGUAAGGAAAAAAUAAAGUCCCUCCCCCCAA